CACCGAAACUAUCGCGUUUCUCAUCUCGAAACUAUCGCGUUUAUCGCCGUCAAAGGAAACUGAAACGAACCCACAGUGGAAUUGCGAGAUAGAUACCACUGUUUUUCCAUGAACGCAGAUCGAGUGGAGCGGAGAGUCGAACUGCGAGAUGGAUUUUCAAUUCAGAAUUCCAAGUUUAUAUACGAGAUUAAUCCACAUGAGACAGUCAAGAUGGAGAAGGAGCUGCUCCUGGCUACCUAUAACACUUGUAGAUAAGAAACUGAUGUUAGACUCAAGUGGCUUAGAUUGUUCCAUCACAGUAAUCAUACGUGCUUGUUUUAUUUUCAUAUCCUCUAGAUUACGAUUAUAAGGUUCAUUCUUCACUCUCUGUUCUUUUUCUGUAGAUAGUUUACCACGAAGUACAGUUACGUAAUAGUUUGACCACAAGUGAAGAGACUCUGUGCUUAGCGAGUGUGAUUUGUAAGUAUGGUGAAGAUGGAUGCUCUGCUGUGACAACAAGACAGAACUGCCAGUUCCUUGGUGUUGUCUUGUGUGAUGUGCCUGAGAUGUUGAAAGGUCUUGGUUCUGUUGGAUUAAUGUGGAUAGAAGAGCUUUCACAAAUCUUAUCUCGCAGUUUUACCUCUGCCAAUUUCACUUACUAAUGUUAAGUCAGCCAAAGACACUUCUUGCAGAGAUUUAAGCUCAUACUGCUGGAUGAAAAAAUAACAUCCUGGUGGUUCACACUUCGCAUGUAUUUCACAUCUUCUUUGAUCAAGCACUUGGAUCAUAAGAACGUGAUGAAGCAACAAGGGGUUCAAGUUAACAUGGUUAAUGUAGCUACAUGCCUUGCGCUGCAUGCUAAGCAGCAAGCUUCAGGAGCGAUGACUGCUGUAAUUGCCGACUUGAUUAAGCACUUGCGGAAAUGCCUGCAGAAUGCGGCUGAGUCAGAUCUGUCUGCUGAUGUAUCUAAGCAGAACUCUGACUUGCAGCAAGCUUUAGAUAAGUGCAUCUCUGAGCUCUCAAAUAAGGUUGGGGAUGUAGGGCCCAUUCUUGAUAUGGUAGCGGUGGUUCUUGAGAUGAUAUCAACUAAUGUACUCGUUGCUAGGACCACAGCAUCAGCCAUUCUCUUUGCUGCACAUAUAGUAUCCGUGGUCCCAAAUGUUUCUUACCACAAGAAAGUAUUUCCUGAUGCCUUGUUUCACCAACUUCUUCUUGCAAUGUCCCACACAGAUUAUGAAACUAGAGUUGAUGCACACAAUAUAUUCUCCGUCCUGCUUCUUCGAACUCUUCUUUUGCCUUGGUCAGACCAAUAUAAGGAAACCUCAAAUGCUGUGAGGAGCCAGAGUAUCAGUUUACAGGAGGAAGAGAGAGAUAAAGUUGAGGAAAUCUUAGACAAUGAUCUGCGUAAAGAUGUAAACCACAUUUCUCAUCCAAGUGGUCUUAGUUGUCAGUCCUUGGAUAGCCUAAAGGAUGGUGCUAUAAAGUCGUUAUGUUCACUUCGACUGAGUAGUCACCAAGUAAAUAUGCUACUUACAUCACUAUGGAUCCAAGCAACUUCUACGGAGAACACCCCUGCAAAUUUUGAGGCAAUGACUAUCACUUUUAAUACAACUCUUUUGUUUUCGCUAGCAAAGAAAUCAAAUCACAUGGCUCUGGUGCAGUGUUUUCAGCUUGCGUUCUCUCUUCGGAAUCUCUCAUUGAAUCAAGAUGGAGGUUGGCAGCUCUCUCGUAGAAGAUCAAUCUUCACGUUUGCAUCGUAUUUACUCAUUUUCAGUGCCAAGAUUUCUAAUAUACCGGAGCUAAUUCCAGUUGUCAAAGAGUCUUUAACUAUCCAAAUGGUUUAGCUUUUUGCUAAAAUAUUACAUCUGUUGGAUGGUCAGCUGUCAUCUAAUCUGUAUGUACUGAAUAGGUUGAUCCUUAUCUUGUACUGGAAGGAGAUAUCAGACUGCGUGCUGGUUGUU